AUGGGCAGAAGAUGCCGUUUUGCAUACGUCUGCCUUCUCGGUGCUGCACUGGUUCUUUCAAUGAAAGGAACCUUCGCAGGAGCCCGAUUCGGCGCUGGUGCCAGUUCCGGGCUGGCUAUGAAGGCCUCCGACCGGUCAUGGGGCAGGCUUUCGCCAGAGGAGCGCAGAAAACCUGGCGGUGGAGUCGAGCACCUUGGAGAGUUUCUUUACGAAAUGGCGCAGCUGACGCCUUGCCGCUACCUUUUGAACGGCCUGGCAAUCAUAGAGACAAACUCAGACAUGCGCGGGGGCCGUGCCAUCAUUUCUAUCGGCCAGUCUCCCAAGGGCCGGGCGAUUCUCUCGCUGCGGUCGCAGGAUGGCGCCUUUCAUUUGAAAUUGGAUGCCGAUGCGAUUGCCACCAUCAAACUGGAGGAGUCUGAGGACUCCGACACCCACUGCAUCCGAUUGUUGGAUGCUCAGGGUCGAAGACACCUCAGCGUUGUGAUGCUGGGGGAUGAUGCGCCGGCGCGCUUCCAAAUCAUGCUUGGGAGAUGGACAUCAUCUGUGGCACUCCGUUGA